CGAAAGAAUCAAUAUGGCGGCUUUGCAGGAAAGAAAACUACAAGAAGGUCUUCGGUUGUUAAAAGAGGCUGAAAAAUUUGAAAAGACCAGUUGGUUAAAAUGGAAACCUGACUGGGACAGUGCAGCAGAUAAAUACAUGAAAGCUGGAACAUGUUUCAAAACUGCCAAAUCUUAUGACAGAGCUGCUGAUGCAUUCAAGAAAGCUGCUGAUGCCCACUCUAAUUCCAAUGCCUUGUUCCAUGCAGCAAAGGCUUUAGAACAAGCUGCUUCAGUACUAAAGGAAAUGAAAAAUGUAACAGAGGCUGUUUCUUUGGUGGAAAGAGCAGUUGAGAUGUACAGACAAAGUGGUAACCCAGAUACAGGGGCUUUUGCCCUCAUCAGAGGAGCCAAGAUGUGCGAUAACAGUGAUCCAGCAAAGGCAGCUGAGUUAUACAUCUCAGCCAGUGAAAUGAAUGUUUCUGAAGACAAAGUUAGGGAGGCCAUUGAACCUUUGUCAAAGGCUAUCAACCUUCUUUUAAAACUAAGAAGAUUUCCAGAGGCUCUGAAGGUUAUGAGACAACAGAUAAAACUAUAUGAGCAAGUGGAGAACUUUCAAAUGAUGUUCAAGGUUGUUCUCAGCAUGGUUGUUGUUCAUCUUCAUGAGAGUGACUAUGUAGCUGCAGAUAACUGUUACAAAGAAUCUUUUGAAAUUCCAGGGUUUGGCAGUUCAGAGGAAGCAGUUGCAGCUGAAAAAGUUUUGAACUGUUUUGAUCAAGGUGAUGCUGAUGGAUUGAAAAGUUGUACAUCACAAGCUCUCUUUACAUACUUAGACAAUGAGAUUGCCAAGCUGUCUCGAAGUCUUCGUGUUCCAGGUGACACAGGAGCAAAAGGAUUCACAGAAAAAAGACUUGUCACAAAUUCAAAUGAUGACCAUUUAAAAACUGACCCACAGCUGUCUGCAAACCCAGAAUUAAACUACACAGGUCAAAAAGAGGCAAGCAAUGAACAGGCCAUAGAAGAUGAGCUAGAGGAGGGUGGGCUCUGUUAGGGUUGUGGAGGAAAUGGCCAGAGGAGGUGGGGAACAAUUUCCAAUCAAUAUUUUUGCUCUGGAAAUUAGGAUGUGAAGAUUCCUUGGAAAAAUUACUUGUGUUGAAGCCAAAAGAAACUGUGAGAAUACACUCUUCAAACAAACUUGGUAUCAGGUGCCAAACUCGUAAACACUCUCAGCCUAACUAGCAUAAAUUUUCUUCAUCAUGGAGAUUUCAAACUCAACCAAUUUUUUUUUUUAAUUUUAUUUUUUUUAGGUGGAAAUUGGUAAGGUAGAAAUAAAUUCAGGGCCAACAUAAAUAGUCAGUGAAACUAAGUGCAGGAAAUUAAAAAAAAUAUGUUACCUAUUAAUUUAUAUAGAAAAUGUUGGAAACCUAGAAAUGUGGGUUGCAUGCUGUUGUUUAGGGAACCUAAAACAGACCAAGAACAAUUUGGGAAAAUUCUGCUGGAAAUCAAUUAAUUUUUUUUUAAGGUUCAAAUAGUGCAAACUUUAUCAAUUUCUAAAACCUUUUAUUACCUUAUGUCUUUUAUGACUUUUUUUUUGUCUAUAAUGAAAAUGUUGGCAAACAAACAAUUUACAGUGCUAAACUACCAUUAAUUCAAAGCUCUGGCAACUCAAACAAAGUGAUACAUAUAACAUAGAAUUAAACUAUGCACUGCGCACCACUUACCAAGAAAAACUGGGAAAAUGAUCACGCUUUUCUCUAAUUGGUCCAUUACAACAAUAACUGUGGAGGAAAACACUAGCUGUAUGCUUUUGUAACUAUUUUAGAAAUCAGUAAUUUUUGUUGACUUUUAAAAGCUUUUACUUCAACAAAGUGCAAUGCAGAAUUCCUGUACUGCACUCUGUUACUUAUUUACAUGUAUGGACUCAUUAGUGACCAAUCAAGAGUUUUAUAAUAAACUGAAGAGUUAUUAUAUACUCAAGGUACCAGUUUAGCUGCAUAAUGCAUCCAAAUAAAAUGGCUUAGAACUCAG